AUGGUGGAUAGAAAGAAGAAAACCAAAAUAUGUCACAAAAAAGCGUCACAUAAGGAAGAAGAUAGGUUAAGCCAGUUACCGGAACCUUUGAUAUGUGAAAUACUUUAUCAUCUCUCUACCAAGGAUGCUGUCAGAACAAGCGUUUUGUCCACAAGAUCGAGAUAUCUUUGGCAAUCUGUUCCUGGAUUGGACUUAGGCUUCAUCUCAUUCUCAAAGUUUGAUGACUUUGUGAGUUUUGUUGAAAGGUUUUUUAUUUUCCACAGGGAGUCAUGGAUACGCAAACUCCGCUUAAGUUUUUAUCGUCAUUGUAUGUAUGAUCUUGCGUCAUGGAUUGAUGCUGUGACUACGCGUAGGAUUCAGCAUCUUGAUAUUUAUGGAGAUGAUAAGAUUCCCCUGAGUUUAUAUACCUGUGAGACGCUGGUACACUUACGACUCUUUGAGGUUACCUUGCCUAAUGCUGAGUUUGUUUCCUUACCUUGCCUGAAGAUCAUGCAUCUACUACAUAAUACCUAUCCCAAUGAGACCACGUUGCAGAAACUUAUCUCAGGCUCUCCUGUUCUGGAAGAUUUAACCAUCUUCAGAGAUUCCAAGAAGGUUGACAAGCCAAAUGUUUUACAAUUGCGCUCUCUUACGCUAAAGAGAAUCUGCAUAUAUGAUCAGUUCACCCAAGUUGUGAUUGAUGCUCCUCUACUCCAGUGUUUGAGGACUUCAGUCUCCUCACCAAAGAACUUUCAGAUCGUCAAUUUGGGUUCCUCUUCCAGACUAGAUAUUGAUUUCCCCUUUAGCUAUGAGACAUAUAGUAGCAGCAUGAUUCAUGACAUACUCACCGACAUAUCAAGGGUCAGGGACCUAGUUAUUAGUAAUGGUAUUUGGAAGGGAAUCUUUCAAUACUCGAAAUCGGGACCACUGCUUCAGUUUCGUGACCUAUCCCGCUUGAAUGUUGAAUUUUCUAAAUUUGAUCUUGAAACGUUGCCAACCCUUCUUGAGAGCUGCCCAAAACUGGAAUCUUUAGUAAUGAAAUUGGUUAGGGACGAAUCCAUGCGUGGUAAGAAGAAGACAGAACCAAAGCUGAUGUUUUCAACAACAGUGCCUCAGUGUUUGGUAUCAUCGCUCAAGUUUGUGGAAUGGAAACGUUCGAUCGCAGGGUAUGAAGGAGAACUGGAGCUAGUAAGAUAUUUCUUGAAGAAUUCAAAAAUCCUGGAGAAAUUAAGGCUCGAUGUUUACUAUGCCGAAAAGGCUAAGUGUGCCUUCCUUCAAGAACUCCUUACAAUGCCAAGAUGCUCUAGCGUCUGUCAACUCCAUUGUUCACUCAUUCGUAAGAUCGGUAAUACCUGGUAUGAUCUUUUUGGGUCGUUAAAUUAGUUGAUUUUGAG